GCCUGUGGUUAGUGCAAUGAUAAGACCAAGUCGCUUGUGACAGUCCAAGACGAGCGUCCAUGAGGAGCGCACUCCAACUCCUUUACGGAUUACGACUUUACGGAUUUGCUUAGAUGCUCGCCAAAAUACGCGCCUUUGACGAAUAAGUCCGUGAACCGUUGGCGCGUUUUUAUUGCUAAGGCAAAAGAAAAGAAAAGAAAAGUGUCUCAUCAUUCCGGCUGUUCCUUCGGUUGUUGGGGCAAGUGAAAUCACCAACUUUGACUAAUGAAUAAAAGUAGACAGUGCAAAAAAAAGAGAGACGAGAAUUUGUGUGAACGGCAAAGACAACAGUCAAAGGAAAAGUUCUAAAGAGGCGUAAAUCGUUGCCAGGAUGCUGCUGGGUCUUUUCAGCUGGCUCUGGCUUUUGGCCUACUCCAGCCAGGCCCAGGCGCGUAUUGGCUAUUUCUGGCACAUCAGUGACCUACACCUGGACACUUUGUACUCCACGCAGGGCGACAUCUACAGAAGCUGUUGGGAGUUGGCUCGAUCGGUUUCCAGUUCCAACGCCAAUAAUGCGGCAACAGAGGCGCCUGGGCCCUUUGGCCACUACAACUGCGAUAGUCCAUGGAGCCUCAUCGAAUCCGCAGUGAAGGCCAUGAAGGCCAAGCAAGGCGACAAUGUGGAGUUUGUCCUGUGGACAGGAGAUGCCCUCUCACAUUCCGCCCAACCCUUUUCCGAGCAAAAGCAACACGAGAUCCUGCGAAAUAUCACAGAACUGCUAGGACGCAGCUUCUCAUCGCAGUUUAUAUUUCCAGUUUUGGGCCACGAAGAUGGCAGUGGCAGCUAUCGCAGAUUGGGGGAAUUGUGGCGUCAUUGGCUACCUUCAGAGGCCUUGGUGACCUUUGAUCAGGGUGGUUACUACUCCAUCGAGCAGACCAAGAGUCGUCUGCGAAUCGUAGCUCUAAACACGAAUUUUAUGCGACUCGAUCCCGAUCCGGAUCCCAGGGCAUCGUUGAGUUUGAGAUGGCCAGCGGACUACUUCGCAGAGCCGAAGGCAUCGGUCAGCUCCAUUUCUGCCGAGGAUGAACUGCUGGCGGAGCAACAGUGGCUCUGGCUGGAGGAGGUGCUAACCAAGUCCAAGGAGAAACAGGAAACGGUCUAUAUUGUGGGUCACAUGCCGCCGGGCGUUGAUGAACGUCAUCUGGGCUCUCAGCAUAAUCAGUUGACAUUCACCGAACGCAACAACCAGCGUUAUCUGGAGAUGGUCCGUCGAUUUGCUCCGGUAAUCCAGGGUCAGUUCUUUGGACACCUUCACUCGGACACCUUCCGUCUCAUCUACGAUGCCAAAGGCAAUCCCAUUUCAUGGCUGAUGAUUGCCCCAUCGAUAGUGCCCCGCAAGGCGGGAAUCGGCUCAUCGAAUAAUCCCGCCCUGCGGCUCUAUAAGUUCGACACGGGAAGUGGCCAGGUGCUGGACUACACACAGUUCUGGCUAGAUCUGCCAUUGGCCAACCGGGCCAACGAGCCCACCUGGCAAUCGGAGUACAACCUGACGCACUACUAUGCCCUCACGGAGAUAUCCGCCGGAGCUCUGCACAAUUUCGCUGAACGCUUCACGGGCACCGACCCUUCAUCGUUCAUCAGGUACCACCGAGCCAACGCUGUGCGAUAUCAUUCCGGGUCAGAGUGCCCCGGCCUCUGCAUGCUCAAUCAUUACUGCGCCAUCACGCGCCUGGACUACGAUGAGUUCCGGCUCUGCCUGGAGAAGGAGCAGCUGGCGAUGCACGGACACGCCCCCGCUAACCGUUUGCCCACAUCCUGGAGCUGGCUGCUCGGCGUGCUUGGCGUUUUUUAUGGCCUGCUCACGGGGCCGCGGUGGUGGUGGUGGUUCGAGGCCGGGCGAUGCAACAAUUGCCACAUCCAGCGAAUUUAAGCGUUCUCGCUUAAGCGGAACCAUAUCAAUGUGGGGAUGAGCCCCAGGCUCCGCAGGCACUCAGAAAAAUAAAGGAGUCGGAAAUUAUAAGGAAAUUACAGAAUACCGUUAGCUCGAAUGGGGUUGGAUUUUAAAAGAACAUCUUUUUUGUUGAAAUUUUAAGAAGAUAUUAACUGUAAUCUGAUUACUAAGCUUUUCAGACUACACUACAAAAUUUUAAAAUAAUUUACAAAUUUUUAUUUUUUUUAAUUUUUUUCCAUUUUUAAUCCUUACCGAUAAUAGAUUUAGAAUAUGAUAAUAAUAUUACAAAUAAUUUUUAAUAUAUUAUUUUUUGUAAGUUCAGUAUAAUUUCUCUGAGUGUAGCGAUGGGCUACUAGAUAGUAAUGGAAAUAGGAAUGUGAGAGCGAAAAAACAAGCAAAGAGAAAGCCGUGCGGGCUGAGCAAUUCCUAUAUACAAGUAUAGCGCUAAUUUACUCUCAAUUAUGCUGCAUAUGGGCCAGUAUGCGUGCCAUAUCGUUUAUGUGUGUGAUAUGAUUACAAAGAAUCGUCUCUGCAUGUGUAUUCACGGAUAUAUGUGUAUAUGCCCUUAAUGUAUAUGUGUAUUGUAUGGACUUGGAUAUGUAUAUGUAUAUGUAUAUGUUUAUCUGGAUGUACUUAUUGUAUAUGAAAUAAACGAAAAAUUUUUAAUGUUAA